ACACCCCCAAGUCACCAGGGGCGCUGCGCUGUUUGGAAACUUCCUUAAGUUCCCCCUCGGUACACGUCAUGCAAACAGCAGCUUUAAGCUUCUGAGUAUGCGCCGCUUCAGCGCCUUCAAUAUCUGCGGUUCGAAGAGCACCACGGAACGAUGAUGAAGAUGCUGCAUGUGUUUUUGGUCCUGGCACUGUUUGGUCUGGGCUCAGGAGAAGAGGGAGCCCGUUUGCUGGCCUCUAAAUCCCUGCUGAACCGCUAUGCUGUAGAGGGCCGUGACCUCACCCUGCAGUACAACAUCUACAAUGUGGGCUCCAGUGCUGCUCUGGAGGUGGAGCUUUCAGAUGAUUCUUUUCCUCCUGAAGACUUUGGAAUCGUUUCAGGAAUGUUGAAUGUCAAAUGGGACAGGAUCGCACCAGCCAGCAAUGUCUCUCACACAGUGGUGUUGCGCCCCCUGAAGGCUGGUUACUUUAACUUCACCUCUGCUUCUGUCAGCUAUCUGGCCCAGGAGGGAGGACAAGUCGUGGUUGGUUACACAAGUGCACCCGGCCAGGGAGGCAUCCUGGCUCAGAGGGAGUUCGACCGACGCUUCUCCCCACACUAUGUGGUGUUGGUGUUCUCAAGGUGUGUGAGUGGAGGGGCAGUGGAGAUGGCAUCCUCUGUGGAUUUAUUGGUUCUGAAAGCAAACUGCUGGACUGGGCUGCUUUCGGAGUGAUGACACUGCCCUCCAUCGGCAUCCCUCUGCUCCUCUGGUACUCCAGCAAGAGGAAGUACGACUCACCGAAGGCCAAGAAGAACUGAGAAGGCGCCACUGGGUUUAAGGCUGGGGGUGGGGUGGGGUGGGGUGGAAGUCAAAGGGUUUCUUGGGCACAGGAUCUCUGAAUAGCUGCUUAACCCAUAUUGGGGGGGAAAGUUGAAAGAAAAGUACAGUGACCAGGGAAUGUGAUUGUGAUUUGAUCAAACAAGCGUGAUUAAGAGAACUUUGGCUCUGGAAGUAGAACAGCAGCAAAAGUAAUGUGAACAGCUUCACUGUGGUUACCAAACCAUCUACAUGAAAGAUAUCUGUUUUCAUCUACAGCUGAUGGCCUGAGCUUCACCAGCUGCUGUUCAUUCCUUCAUAUUUGCAAAUGGUUCAUGUGACAGAACAAUUACAAAGGCAGUUUCUACUGUUACAGGUAGUUGUAAUUGUGUAUGUAACUGAAUUCAGAUUUUAAGUUUAUAGCCACUUGUUAAACUUCAAAAUAAAUUAAUAAAAACAAGCUGGGUUUUUCUAAA